UCUGGUGCAUUUAUAGAAUAGCGGAACUGGAGAUAAGGCUCAUCUUUAUUGUACAAUAAUGCAGCUGGCACUGUGGCUGCUCUUUUCCACACGAUGGAAGCGGUAAUAUGACAUUGAACACAUGAUCAUGUGACAUCCCCUCACACCUGAAGCACAUGACCCAAACAAGAUGGCGGUCCUCAGUACGAUACAAUGCGUGUUCAGCGUGGUGUUGGUGUUGUUCGCCUCACCACUGCCUUGCCUCAAUGUCCGAGCGUACCAAAGGCCCGUCAUGGUACAACAGACGGGCAAAGUCUUGCCUAAGCCGCAAAUGAUGACGGUGUCUGCUGAAGCCUACACUCUGGCGAUGUCCAGCUUUAAAUUUACAUACGGCUCUUCCUCCGAGAUGUGCGACAUCGUGGACCAGGCGUUUAGGCGGUACUAUGAUCUUAUAUUCGACGUCGAUGGACCGAAGAAAGCUCCAAAGGUACCUGAAAGCAUGGCCGAGCUGACUGUACUACAGGUCAUGGUGAAAGAGCCAUGCAAGGGAGCCUAUCCCAGCUUGGAGUCCUCAGAAAACUACACUCUGACAGUUACUGCUCCGAUGGGAAUGCUGGUUGCUGAUUCAGCAUGGGGAGUGUUGAGAGGUUUGGAGACAUUUUCUCAGCUGAUAUACAGAACAGAUGAUGGCACGAUGAUCAUCAACAAGACUACAGUAGAUGACUUUCCCAGGUUUGCCCACAGAGGAAUCCUAUUGGACACUUCCCGCCAUUUUAUUCCCCUCAAGUACAUCAAGCAGAAUUUGGAUGCAAUGGCUUACAACAAGUUCAAUGUGUUCCAUUGGCACAUUGUGGAUGACCAGUCCUUCCCAUAUCAGAGUGUUGUCUUCCCUGAUCUCAGUGCUAAGGGAGCCUUUAAUCCUUACACCCACCUGUACACGCAAGAGGAUGUUAAGGAUGUUAUAGAGUACUCACGGCUGAGGGGCAUCAGGGUUGUGCCAGAGUUUGACACCCCUGGCCAUACAGCCUCCUGGGGUGCAGGUCUCCCAGGGUUCCUCACACCAUGUUACGAUGGGUCCACACCCAAUGGAAAGUACUACGCUGCUAACCCCAUGCUGAACACCACGUAUGACUACAUGACUAAACUGCUGCAGGAAGUGAAGGAUGUGUUUCCUGAUAAGCAUGUCCACCUGGGUGGGGAUGAGGUGAACUUCAACUGCUGGAAGAGUAAUCCAGACAUCACCAAAUUUAUGGAGAAAAUGGGCUUUGGAACAGACUAUUCCAAACUGGAGCAAUACUACAUCAAAAAUAUCCUGGAUAUCUCCACAUCCAUCGGGAGAGACUAUAUUGUGUGGCAGGAGGUGCUGGAUAAUGGUGUGCAGGACAAAUCAACUGUAGGGGAAGUAUGGUUUGAAAACCCGACCAUCCAGGCUGUACUAGAGAGGCUGACAGCCAAGGGUUAUCGUGUGUUACUGGCAGCUGGCUGGUAUCUGAACCAUGAUGUAUACAACCCUGGAACUGACUGGGCUGAUUUCUACAAAUUAGAUCCUCAAGUGUUCAAUGGUACACAAGCCCAGAAAGACUUGGUGAUUGGUGGAGAGGCCUGCAUGUGGGGAGAGUAUGUGGAUGGCACAAACCUGAUUGCCAGGCUCUGGCCUAGGGCCAGUGCUGUCGCUGAGCGGCUGUGGAGCAACAAGGAUGUGAAAAACAUGGCAGAUGCAACCGUAAGGAUGGACGAGCAGAGAUGUCGGAUGGUCAGGAGAGGACUGAAUGCUGAACCCCUCCAUCCAGGAUUCUGCCAGUUUGAAUAUGACUGAAUACAACUCAAUAAAGAGAGCGAGCAUCUUUGCUGCAGAUUGCAGAAACAAGAAUUGAAAAAUGAUAGACUCAAUAUUUCACUAUAUGAUCAGAUACAUUAUAAAUCUAAUGUUUUAGUAGGAUCAGAAGAAUAUGUAUAUGAACAAUCACAUUUUGUGCCCACUGCAAUAUUUGAUAAAUUUAAAGUCAUUACUUUCAUGGCAGACAAAUUUGAAGUCUUGAAUGUUGAAAUUUUUGUAUGAUGGAGCAGCUAGUAUUUAAUCGUGUGGAUAUUGAGAAACAUCACAGACAGUCAAUAGACAGUCAGUACAAUUUUAUGUCUUUAAUGAUGCAAUCAUUGUACAAAUGUCUCUGCAACACACUGUAAUGAAUGUGUCAUAAGUAUUUCUUUGUGCAUGUCAGUAAAUUACCAAUGAAAGCUGUGCUUAAUGAUGAUGGUGUAAUUGAUUAUAUGAUAAUUGUUUUGUAUAAUUAUGGUUCAAUGUCAAAUAGCAAUUACUCAAGCAACUGGAUAUGAUUUUGGAAAUGGUCAGACGUGUCAGAUGACAUCCAUUAUCCUUCGUCAGUGACUCCAACUUAGUACAUGUAGAUCUUGUUGGAGACCAGAUUUUAUAUCAUAACUAAGAAUUGAUAUGCAAAAGAGAUGAGAUUACACUCUUCAAUUCCACUUUUUGUAUGGUAAAAUCUUUGCAGAAUCAUCUAAUUUACUCACUAUGUGUGGUCUACAACAAGCAGUCCACAUGGCAAUAAAAUUAAUUUCAG